AUUUUGUUAAAAUUAAAUGUUUACUUAUAUUGAUUUUUGAUUUUAUUUAUUUUUUCUGUUUUCUUAUUUAUUUCUUCUUUAUAUUUUAUAUAUAAUGGAAUUUUUUUAAUAUUGGAGUGGAAUAUUAUAUUAAUUAAUUCUUUAAGAAUUAAUUAUUUAAUAAUUUUUGAUUGAGUAUCUAUUUCUUUUUCAUCAGUUGUUAUAUUAAUUUCUUCAAUGGUUGUUUUUUACAGUUCUGAUUAUAUAGGUUUUGGUUAUUAUAAUAGAAAUCGUUUUUUGUUUUUAGUUAUUUUAUUUGUUUUUAGUAUAAUUUUAAUAAUUAUCAGACCUAAUUUAAUUAGAAUUCUUUUAGGUUGAGAUGGGUUAGGUCUUGUAUCUUAUUGUUUAGUUAUUUACUAUAAUUCAAUGAAAAGAUAUUUAGCUGGAAUAAUUACUUGUUUAACUAAUCGAAUUGGUGAUAUUGGUUUAUUAAUUUCUGCUUGUUGAAUUAUAUCUUAUGGGGGAUGGCAUUUUAUGUAUUACUUAGAUUAUUAUAAUGAAUAUAUUUUUUAUUUAAUAACUAUUUCUUGUUUUACAAAGAGAGCUCAAAUUCCUUUUUCUUGUUGACUACCUGCUGCCAUAGCAGCUCCAACACCUGUUUCUUCAUUAGUUCAUUCGUCUACUUUAGUUACAGCCGGAGUUUAUUUAUUAAUUCGUUUUUAUAAUAGUUUCAAUUUUAAUAAUUAUAUAUUUUUAUUUAUUAGUUUGGUAACUAUAACUUUUUCUUCUAUUUGUGCAAUUUAUGAAUUUGAUUUAAAAAAAAUUAUUGCUUUAUCUACUCUAAGUCAGUUAGGUUUAAUGAUAAGUUCUUUAUUCUUAGGUCUUCUUGAUUUAUCAUUUUUUCAUUUAUUAAGACAUGCUAUAUUUAAAUCUCUAUUAUUUCUUUGUUCAGGUAUUUUUAUUUUUUAUAUAAAUGAUAAUCAAGAUAUUCGAUUAAUAGGAUCAGUAUGUAUAUUAAUACCUUUUACAACUUCUUGUUUUAAUAUUGCUAAUUUAACUUUAUGUGGAAUUCCAUUUUUAUCUGGGUUUUAUUCUAAGGAUAUAAUUAUUGAAUAUAUAGUAAGAAAUCAAUUAAACUACUUAGUUUUUGUAAUUUUUUAUUUUUCUCUAGGUUUAACCGCUUUUUAUAGAUUUCGUUUAUUUUAUUAUUCAAUGAUUCAUAAUAAUAAGUUUAUUAGUAUAAAUUUUAUUUAUGAUGAAUAUUUAUAUAUAAAAUUAAGAAUUUUUAUUCUAACUUUAUUUUCGAUUUUCACUGGGUGUAUAAUGCUUUGAUUAAUAAAUUUUGAUUUCUAUUUUAUUUUACUUCCAAUAAAGCUUAGAAUAGCUUCUUUACUAUUAGUUUUAAUAGGUAUUUGAUUAGGUAUAGAAUCUUGUAAAUUUAAUUAUUAUUUUAAUAUGUCUUAUUACUUAUUUAAUGGAAAUAUGUGAUUUAUAUCUAGAUAUUUAAAUUUUUUAUAUAAAAAUGUUUAUUUAUUUUCUGAAAAUUCAAAAUCUAAUUCUUUAAUAUGAAGUGAAUAUUAUGGUCCUAUAGGUAUUUCUUAUUAUUUACUAAAUCUAUCAAAUUUUAUUCAAUUUUAUUCUAUAAAUAAUUUAAAGGUUUUUUUAUUAACAUUUUUAAUCUGAUUUAUAAUUUUAAUUU